UCAUGGACUACACGCUGGAGACCAGCCAGCUAAAGGAGAAGCUGCUGAAAACCAUCUACAGCCUCCAGCUGAAGUCAUUUGCCACUCUCCAGACAGCCAGCCCACUGCUGAGCAGCCAGCCCAGCAUGGGCAUGGUGACACAGCACCAAGUCCACCAGCUGGAAGAUAAGGCCAAAAGUCUGUGUGGAGAUCUGGACAACAUCAAGAACCUCCUCCACUAUUGCCAGGAUAACCUGGUCCGGCAGAUCCCCAACCCCACCGGCAGCCGCUAUGGGGGUGUCCGUGGAAUCCACUGCUCCCCGGAUGGCUCCAUCUACCUGACAGCCGAGAACGCUCCCUGGGUCCACGUCCUCUCCAGCACAGGCCACACGCUGCAGGCCCUGCCCUGCCAGCAAAGGGGGAAGGGCACUUUCUUGCCAGAAGAUGUGACUGUGACUCGCACGGGAAUGGUGGCUGUGGCCGACAUGGUGAAUGAAGCCAUCUGGGCCUUCAACCCUCACACCAGCCUCUCCAAGAGGGAAUGGAUAAAGAUCAGAAAGGUUGGUUCCCCCAGGGGCAUUGGAGUCGACUCCAUGGGCAAGAUCUUGGUAGCAGACUAUGCCCAAGGCCAAGUGCACAGCUUUGCUCUGGACCACGCCUUCAAGACACUCCAGGUCCACUCAGUCCCUGACCUGCAGGGGCCUCGCUACGUCAGCCCAGCGCCCAGCGGGGGCUUUGUGGUGAGUGAGGAGUGUGGGGACGCCAAGGUCUUCACGAGCAGCCACAAGCUCCUCUGCUCCCUCAGCAGCAAAUAUGGACACCAGUUUGGCAACCCCGCUGGGGUGUGUGUGGAUAGGGAUGGCAGCAUCCUGGUGGCAGACGAGCAGCGCCGGACAGUCCACUUGUUCCCAGAGCAUGGGGCUCCCGUCUGCCUGGUGUCCAUGGGGCUGCGCAGGCCUGCUGGCAUGGCUUGCUCCGCCUUUGGGAACCUCUUUGUGGCAGACACGGGGGAGAACUGUGUCAAAGUCUUUAAGUACUGUGUGAGAUCCCCUUACAAUCCCACCAACCCUGGUGGUCACCCCAACCAAACACCCAGGAGGGGAGGGAGGAUGGCUCCACUGCAGCCCAGCUGAGCUGUGGGUCUAGUGGUGGCUGUGAGCUCCAUCUCCUUCACACAGAAUCAUAUCAUAGAAUCAUGGAAUGUUUUGGGUUGGAACGGACCUUAAAGCUCAUCUUGUUCCAACCCCUCUGACAUGGGCAGGGACACCUGCCACUAGACCAGGUUGCUCCAAGUUCCUGGCCUUGAACGCUUCCACGGAUGCAGAGCAUUGCCCCAGACCUGACCUCCUGACGGCUCCCAGCUUCUUCCAGAUGGCAGAAUCAAGGACUAGACCAACUCUGGAGCAGCUAAACCAGCACCAGAGUAGCUAAAGGAUGACCAGGCUACUCAGAAUUGGCCACGAGUUGGUACCUUGGCAAAUUUACCACCACACUCUCAAAUCCUUGUGUGUUUUUGCAAAGCUAAUAUGAAUAUUUUUCUUCCCCACA